CUCUGUCUCUACAUAACGCUGCCCGUGUGCACGAGCGCGCCUUUCCCUGUGUUCUCUCCCUCUCUCACUCACGCACGCACACGGGAACACGCAGACCAGGACACACAGACCGAGGGUGGGAGAGUGAGAGAGUGAGAGAGAGAGAACACAUCGCAGCCGAGAUGCAGCACAAGGUUUUUCAAGGAUUAAUAGCGAGGUUAUGGUGUCGGGAGAGGAUGGCUGAAACCCUCUUCACAUCUGCACAGCACUGUUGGAGCUGAAUGUGCGUAGCAACCCUGUCCUGUUUCAUAACAAGAUAAUCAAGGACGCACAAUGUCACAUACAUCUGAGAGUCAUUGUUUCUGGGCUUGACCUCUUUGAACUGCCGUCUUCUUGAUCUGACACUCCUGUUUCUAUCAAUCAUCAACUUCUGUGGUGAAUAUAUAUCUAAAACGGACACACUUUUCACGGACAUUUCUUGGCCUUUGCUUGACUAGAGCCACACCUUAUUUUCUAGUGCUCUGUUAUAGACAAACUUCAGCCUUGAAGAGGAUCUCAGAGGUUAAGGAUUCAAUGAAACACAGAAAUAAACACAUGAGAGGAGGCAGGAUGGGAGAGGGCACGGAUGAGGUAGAUGAUGGCAAAACUACGAGGAUAUCUCUCAGUUUUCCACUCAGCACUGGAUUGCCUGGCUUUUCUGCACAGAGGCAUUGCUCCUCAUCCCAAUCCCCUUCUUCUUCUGAUGUCUGUGAAAGAGAUGGUUCUGAUGGCGCAGCAUGGAUAGGGGAGUCAUUUAGAGACAAACAGUUAUCCAGAACAACAUCAAAAACUGACCAUCUGGCAUGUUCUUCCUCAUCAUCCUUCCCUGUUGAUCUAGCUUCCCCAGUCAGUAAAAACUGCAAGUCAUCUCUGUCAUUUUCUGUUGAUGGUAGCGGAUCCCGAUACCCAACACCUCCGUUACAACACUCCAAUAAAAUGGACUAUUCAAAAGAGACAGCUGGGGUUAGUCUCAAUAAUGGGUACAAAGAGCAUUCAACAACAGAAACAGCACACAUCCUUUUCAACCUCAGUGCAAGAGCAUACCAAGACCAGAGUAUGAAGGAUACAGAGAGUUCAAAAGGCAAAAAACGGAAGGCCAACAGCCUCCAUGUUGAACUGAGCCUUCCUCUCCCUAGCAUUAACCCUCAUUCAUCCUCAUCAACCCCUCCUCCUUCCCCUUCGCCUGUCUGUCUUGCGUCCUCCCCCUUGACUCUCCCUGCUCCAUCUUUCCAUGACUCCUUUAGGGCAGUGCGGAAGCCAGAACUACUAUGUGGGGUGUGUCACCGUCUGUUCAGUACUGCCUCGUCCCUCACUGUCCACAUGCGUCUCCAUCGGGGGGGACGAGUACUCAGCUGCCGCCACUGUGGCAAAGCCUUCAUCCAUAAUAAAAGACUGCAAUCCCACGAGGCCACCUGCAGGCAAGGGCUGCCAGCUUUUCCAGUUGAACCCAAAGAGGAGCCCCUGGAAGGGGGUGAAGUGGAGGGGGAAACAGCAGAUGAGGUUGCAGAGCCAGAACAGCUUGGACAAGGAACAAGGCCUGGCCGACCUAUAAAGAAAGUACGAGACCUUCAUGGCCAUCAUGCUGGAGAAUUGACUUGCGAGGAUACCCUAGGGGAAGAGGAUCACUUUGUAAAAGUGGUGGAUGGACAUAUCAUUUACUUUUGCUCUGUGUGUGAGCGCUCUUACAUGACUCUGUCCAGCCUAAAGCGACACUCCAAUGUGCAUUCAUGGCGACGAAAGUACCCUUGCCACUACUGUGAUAAGGUGUUUGCUCUAGCUGAAUAUCGCACCAAACAUGAGGUGUGGCACACUGGUGAAAGGCGCUACCAGUGCAUAUUUUGCUGGGAGGCAUUUCCUACCUACUACAACCUUAAAACUCACCAAAAGGCUUUCCAUGGCAUCAACCCUGGACUGAUCUCAAGUGAGAAAACAGCUAAUGGUGGCUACAAACAAAAGGUCAAUGGUCUUAAGCUGUACCACUUGCUGCCCAUGCGCUCUCUAAAGCGACCUUACAAAACAUAUACUGAGCCAAUGGCUGAUGGACUACUUACAUCAGGUUCAUCAGUUAGCCUGCCUUUAUCUCUGGAUGGCAGUCUCCCCUCACCUCUGGACACAGAGAAAUUGGAAUCGUUCCUUAAAGAUCUUCAAACGGCAGACAUAAAGACUGAACUUGAGGGAUUUCCUAUUAGGGUGGGUGUAGAGCAGAGUAAAAAGCUAGGGGCUUCCCUAACAGAUAUGGAAGUACCAACAAAAAAGACAGAGGGGUCAGAUUUACGGCUGUCAUGUAGUAGCAAUGGCAAAAGCAAAACCCCAGAGUGCCCAGAAGGAGCUGUCUCAUCAGUCAUUACGUUUGCACACAGCAAACCCUCGGUUAUCAUGCACAGUACUGCAGUUUCUUCCUCUGUCAUUGUACACAGAAACAAGACGUCCUCUGACGAGAAAAAAAGAAGUCCAGAGACUAAUGCAAUUACAAAGAAAGCUCCGAAACAGUUAAAAAAACAGAGAGAACACACUGAAGCAUAUAAAGAGUGGAAUGCUGCCAGUUUAGAUCCAGAGGUUCCAAAAAUCAGACAGUCAACAGAGAAACUUCACAAGGGACGGAAAACUCAUAAUAAAACUGAGUCAAGUAAGACAAUACCAAUAGCGGUGGGGUCAGAUGUCAAAGGCAGUGGACCACUUUGUCAGAUUACUGUGCGUAUAGGGGAGGAGGCCAUUGUCAAAAGGAGCAUUUCUGAAACAGACCUAAUGAGAGACAAAAGCGCUACACGGAGCAAAGGCAAAAAGAGUAACCUCUCACAGGACGACGAGAGAGAACAAAGGCACACCCAUCAUCAUCAACGUAAACACCGCAACUCUAGCCAGGAAGGAAAGGAGGGGGAGCCCAGAUGGAAAAAAACUAAACUGAAAAGCAAGGUGAGGAAAUAUUUCUUCCGCCAGGAGGUCAGAGAGGAUAGAAAUGACCAUGAUGUGGAGGACAACCUGUGGAGGCCGUACUACACGUACAAGCCCAAGCGGAAAGCCCUUCAUAUGCAGGGGACUAAAGCUUGGAAGCGUAAAAUACACUUCAAACGGUCCCUGAGGCCGAUAAGAAAAGCUGAGAGGUUCCUGAAAAAUUUGAAUAACGAAGUUGAUGGGCAAGAUGGAGAUGACAAAGAAAGACAAGAAAUAAGGAAAGAGCAAAGAAAAGUUAAUGAUCUACAGAAAGGUGAAAGUGAAACGCCACACUUUUUGCCUGUCCUUUCAAAAACAGAACAUAACGAGAAAGAAAAGGCAACUCCUGGAAAAUCUGAUCUCGUGCUCCCUUCAAUUGUUCCUCAAACUGCACUUAAUCCUCAAUACACAACAUCUUCUAUAAUCAAGCAACGGUGGUCAGAAAGUCAGGCCUCUGAGUGUGGAACAUGUGGCUGUUGGUUCUCCAGCCCAAGGAAGCGAGAUAAACAUGAGCUGACACAUCUAUUUGAGUUUGUUUGCAUGUUUUGCAGAGCUCCUUUCUCCUCACAGUCAAAGUUAGAGGAACAUCAGAGAACUCAGCAUCCCAAAAACAAGCCCCCGUCUGGUCCUACAUUAUUUACUUCCCAGUCAACAAGAAAGGAAGUGGAAAUGAAAGAUGAUACAAAUGGAAUGGACAGACAGCACAUAGAAAAAGGCAGCCCAGUUCGCUUGGGCAGAAAGCCUCUGAUCAGAUAUACAUGUUCCCAAUGUGAUAAGGUCUGCAAAACCUCUGCUGCACUCAACUGCCAUCUCAAGCGACACGAGCUAGGCAGUUUAACUGAGGUUGAAGACUCAGAGAAAAAGCAAGACAUACCAAGUUAUACAUCUUCAGUAGCAGAGUCUACACCGAGCAAAAAUUUCAAUACCAAUACUGAACAAGUGCAGCCUGUGUCUGUCAUAUAUUUUUCAAAACAAGACUAUCAUAUCACUGACAACCAACUUGGUGAGAGGAUGCAAGAACACCAAAGAGUCAGCAAUUGUGAAAGCCCCAAAUUGGCAUUCAAUGAAAAAUCCCACAGUCCACAGUGUGCACAGUUCUCGCAAGUUAUACACAGACCCACAUUAGACAGGUUUGAGGCCAUCUCUCCAAACCCCCCUAGUGUACUAGUAAUGAAUAGCUCAGAGUGCAUAGACUACAGGACACCAGAGAAACAACAUUUAGACACAUUAGAUCAACAGAAUAGAAGUCCAGUGCCGAAUGAUAGGCAAAUGCAAGUUUCCCAAAAGCUGACAGACCCUCAGAUUAGAAGAGAAACAAGUCCAACCGGGCCCAUACCUUUAAAAACAGUCAGAGGUGGUGUGCUUAGCCAAGGAGUGGGAACAGUCACACAGAGAAAUGGUAGCGUUAUUCAGAAUGAAGAAUUCAGUGAUUCGCAAGAUGCUCAGGAUCUAAGAAUUUUUUCUCAAUCCAGUAGCCAAGCCCAAGAUUUAUCCAUGCCAACAAUACUAGCAAAAAAGAGGGAGCUUGAUCAAAAGAUUACACAUUCAUCCAACCUCUCAAAAGAGCAAUCACGCAAUAAGGAGGUAUCAUUGCUAGUGCCCAAAGAGGAACCACUCAGUCCUGUACCAUCUCCUACAUGCUCUGUUAUUCAAACCACUCCAAAAGGACCUUCUCAAAGGCACUCAAAGUCACCAUGUCACUCCCCAGGACCUUUAGACCUACAGUUGCGGCCUCAGCUUGACCAAUCCCAAUCACACAGAGGAAGGCACAAUACAGCAAUGCAGGAUCUUAUAUUGCCUGUAAAUUCAGUUGGGGCAGGUGAUCCUCCUUCUUCUCAAGCGCUGCUGCAUUCACAAGUGCCCACAGCAGAGCCUGAAGCAAAGGACCAAACCUCUGUCACUCCCACAGAACACCACAUGGCCUCCGGCUAUCCUGUCCAGGAAUUUACUCUUCCCUUAAUUAUACCAGGAGGGUACUGCUCUGGUAAGAAACAGGAGGAUCAAAUCCUGAUGUCUUACCCAGCUGGACCCUUACCAUUUCCGCCGCUUGGGAAGAUGGUACCCCAUUCCGACUCAACUAAACUGCCCUUUUACCAUGACCCAUAUCACCUACUAUAUGGCCCACAGCUACUGCCAUACCCCUACAACCUUGCCGCCCUUCCAAUGGCUCUAAAUAUGAUGGCAUCAGGAGACAAAGAGCCCUUGCCCUUUUUGCCUUUCUUCAACUACGCCGCUGCUGCUGCUCCUUUAACAGGCACAGUGCCCCAUCCUUUAAUGUUGAACCCCAGCCUAUACAACAGUGGUGGCAGCAGUGGCACAAAGCAGGACAACCCAUAAGUGAUUACACAAAGGCAGCAAGGGAAUACAUCUGCAACCGCUGAACAGAUCUUUAAGAGUGGAUAUUUUGUUUUCUGUUUGUUAACUGAACACUCUAGCACAGCUCUUAUCUUUUGUAAAGCGACAAACGCAUAAAUAGGAAUCAAAUGUGGUGGAAAGAUGGAGAGGUGUCUUGAUGACAGAAAGAAGGAUGUAAGGGGGUAAGGAACAAAAGAUACAACAACCCCUUUAGGCACUGCAAACAAAGAUGCACCUCCAACACACCACUUUUCUGUAGAGUUUAAAGCUCGGAUUUCCAUCCUCUUUGAGUCAAUAUGAUAUAAAAUGUGAACAAUAACAGCUAACAGGAUUUGUGUUUUGCAAAAUGAGUCGGGCCUGCUUUCCAUAAUAGAGACAGUAUAACAAUAAUGAUUAUAGUAAUAGUUAUGUUAAUAAUACUGCUUAAAGUAAUAAAAAGGGGAGCUUUCUACUGAAAGUAAAAUGCUAUUACCGAAGACAUUCAAGACACAGAAAGAAAAGGCAGCAGCAGUUUUGUAUGUGUGUGUGUGUAUUUGUAUGUGUGUGCAUGCAUGAGUGUGUCCAGUGUGUGACUGUGUCUAGCGGUAAUGCAAUUUGGGGUAGAUCAUAGUGUCACACUUACGAAAUCAGUACUUCAGUCAUGUGUUUCAGUAUUUUGCUUAUGUGUGCCUGCAGGUUUUUGUAUGUGUUUUUUGUGGGGUGUGUUGGGGGUGUAGGCAUGCACAGUUAAAGUCAUAUGUGCUGCAUUAGCCUUGGUCAGUUCCAUGGAAGUUCGCAUAAAAACAUCAUUCCUGGAUAAAUGUUAUAAACUUAAUAGGUCAGUAAAUAGAGAACAUAGAUGAAGCUCUUCUUUCGUCAGUCAUAGCAUAGCAUCUUGAUGGCUUAGCUACGUGUCAUUUGGAUUAAACAUAUUAUUAUGUAAUGCCUUCACUAACCAGGAUCCUCAUGACAGGGUCGAAAAUAUGGUGAUGAAGAAUCCACCAUACAUUUCACCUGGUUGUGUACAGUACAGUAUAGAGGCAGAUUGUGCUUCAAAUAGUUUGGUUUGUAGGAUGUGGGUAUAUUAAUCCUUUUCAAUGAUCACUCAUCGAACGCUUACGAAAUAUGUCUGUGUACUUCCGAUACUCCUGCCAACCGUUUCAUCUCUUCCAGCAACAUACAAGAAAUGUACAAGUCGACUUCAUGUUUAGUGGCCUUCUCCUCCCCACUGCCCCCUUGUGUCCACCAAAGACACUCCAUUCACUUGACUCGAUUUGAGACAAAGCGAGAGAAACCAAGUGAGAUAAUGAAACUGAGUAAGAGAGCAUGAUGAAAUGGGAGCAAGGCAGUAUGAUAGCAUGAAUGAAGCUUCCUUCAUAAAGAUAGGGAGAAAAGUAGUUUUGUAAAAAGAGAUGUAUUACAAGGAAGCCUUCUAUUGGUUAGUAGAUUCUCUCUCCUCCCCAGCAGAAAGAAGAGAGGGAGAGGAUGUAAGUUAGUUUUGAUGCCCAUGCAGGGCCUGCACUAUGGGACUUAUAGCACUGGAGUGACUUAAACACUCCCUUGUACUUUCUUGUUUUUUUAUAUCUUUUGUUUUUCACAAUAUUAUUUGUUUGAUUGACAUAUUUUUCCCUUUUGGUAGAGUGAGACGAGGCUUGCGCUUGAAGAUUCUCGUUCAAGCGCAAAUAUGAAUGUACUUUUAGUCAUGAGGUUAAAAGACAGUAUAGUAGAUCAUUUCUGUAUGCUGACUUGAAAAAUAACAUGUAAUAUUGAACCGCUAUGAGGUAUACAUAUAAAUAUAUAUAUAUACAGUAGUCUUAGGGACAUGUCAAGGAAGUUGGUUUCAAUAUAACCACAACGCAUGAGCAACAAUAGCUUCUUCAGUAUCUGCAGGUGUUGUCACAAAACUCUCAGUUUUCCUACAUACGUGGUUCUUCAUUUGACUCUGUUUCUUUUCUCCCGGAGGCAUGUCCUCAAGAGAAGCCCUCAAUAUCAAAAUUUCAGACCUAAAACCAAAAAGAAAAGCUUCUGUGUUGCCUUAUUUCUUUUCCCCAAGCACUACAGAUGUUUUCCAACAAGCACCUCUUUCUUGUCCACACACCCUUUCCAACGCUAUUCUCAAUAUUUUACCUUAUCCCCUUGAAGUGUGUCUGAAACUGUGCAAUGUAGCAAUAGCACUGUUCAUUUCCUGAGGGUAAAACACAAUGCAAUGAACAGUUGUGGAUUAUGUAGCUGCACUUGGGUGUGUGUGUGUGAGAAAGAGAGAGAGAGAGAGAGAGAGAGGGUGUUUGGUGGUAAAAGAAACCAAAAUAAUACAAAUCCUUGAUGGUUUACAUCUUGUGUUCAGCUUAUUUUUGCUGUAUUUAUUCCCCCAUGACAUCAUGCUAUAUGAAACAUAAAUGAAUCAACUAGCUAUACCGAUGAGUUUAAAAUGUUAAAUUUGUUAAUUUAAAAAUUACAUUGGCAAAAUUCUAAAUUUUGAUAAGUUUUGAUCUUUAAACAGCAUGUAAACCAAACAUAAAUUAUAAUUUUUAAAUUAGAGUCAUUUUAAACUGGUUUUAAAUAUUUAAAUUCAAAAUUCAUCAGCUGAUGUUUACAUAAAAGAUGCCUUUUUAUUUAAAUAAGCUAAAUAGAAUAUGCACAUAAUCUGAAUGCACCUUAGAAAGCAAAAUUUGUGAUACCAUUUUCUAUCAAAACAUUCUUAAAAGUAACAUCAUAAUGUGUUCUUAUGUUCCUUGUCCAUCCAUUAGCAGCGAACAUUGAGACAUUUAAGGAAGUUCAGUGGAUAGUAUUCAGCCCUACAUUUGAAAUAUUUCAUCAGCAUCUGGAUAGACUACUGAAUAUUUGCACAGAACUAUGAAUAAGAAGUUAUGCUUAGAGCCAGAUGUUUUGAAAGAUGUACAGCAGAUCUGUCCACUGGGUUUAUUACACUACCUGAACUAUAAGGAACACCAUAAAGUCACACUAAAGUCUUCAAAAGAGGCUUUAAUUGUGAAUUGAAAUGGGUAAAAUCUACCAGCUGCAUAUGUUCUGCACUUGAUCAUAGUUGUAGGCAUGUGACCAAAUUGGUAUUUUUGUGAAAAUGUAAUAUUGUGCCAUUGUUAUAGAGGUCCACAUUAUAUUUGGGCAGUUAAAAAAGUGAAAUGUUUGAAGUUUCUUUGUGUCUUGUUGACUUUGUGACCAUUUAAUACUGACGUUUGUUGGCACACAUUGCCAAUUCAAGUAUACAAUUUACAGUUAAUUUCUUUGCUCCUGUUCUCUUUACUCCCUCUGUCCACGCUACAACAAUACAAAUAAAGUAUUAACCUGAUGACGUGCAAAA